UUUAUAAAACGUCACUUCCGUCUGCCCGCUGUAGCUGCAGGUAGUGCUCCUGCGGGAAGAUGGCGACGGAUAAACAGAAACAUGAAGGCAGGGUAAAGAUUGGACACUACAUACUUGGGGACACCCUUGGGGUCGGCACUUUCGGAAAAGUUAAAGUUGGAAGACACGAGUUGACAAAGCACCAAGUUGCUGUGAAGAUCCUGAACAGACAGAAAAUCCGCAGCCUCGAUGUAGUUGGAAAAAUUCGCAGAGAGAUUCAGAACCUCAAGCUUUUUAGGCAUCCACAUAUAAUUAAACUGUAUCAAGUAAUCAGCACACCAACAGAUAUUUUCAUGGUAAUGGAAUAUGUUUCUGGUGGAGAGCUCUUUGACUACAUAUGCAAGAAUGGAAAGCUGGAUGAAAAGGAGAGCAGGCGUCUCUUCCAGCAGAUCAUCUCGGCUGUGGAUUACUGCCACAGACACAUGGUGGUGCACAGAGAUCUCAAGCCAGAGAACGUGCUGCUCGAUGCACAGAUGAAUGCAAAAAUUGCAGAUUUUGGUCUUUCAAACAUGAUGUCAGAUGGGGAGUUUCUAAGAACCAGUUGUGGUUCUCCAAACUAUGCUGCUCCAGAAGUUAUUUCAGGAAGGUUGUAUGCUGGUCCAGAGGUGGAUAUCUGGAGCAGCGGGGUGAUCUUGUAUGCCUUGCUGUGCGGGACUCUCCCAUUCGAUGAUGACCAUGUGCCAACCUUGUUCAAGAAGAUCUGUGAUGGCACCUUUUACACCCCACAGUACCUGAACCCCUCUGUUACAGGCCUUUUGAAGCACAUGCUGCAAGUGGACCCCAUGAAGAGAGCUACCAUAAAGGAAAUCCGAGAGGAUGAGUGGUUCAAACAGGAGCUCCCUAAAUACUUGUUUCCUGAGGAUGCAGCCUACAGCAACACCAUGAUCGAUGAUGAAGCCCUCAAGGAAGUCUGCGAGAAGUGUGAGUGCACUGAGGAGGAGGUGCUUAGCCUCCUGUACAGCCGGAAUCACCAUGACCCUCUGGCUGUGGCCUAUCACCUAAUCAUUGACAAUCGGAGGAUCAUGAAUGAAGCCAAGGACUUCUACCUGGCCAGCAGCCCACCAGAGUCCUUCGUGGAUGAGCACCAAUUGGCGGCCUCCAAGCCACACCCAGAGCGAGUGCCAUUUGUGGUAGCUGAAAUGACCCCAAGGCCUCGUCACACGCUGGAUGAACUAAACCCACAGAAGUCCAAGCACCAAGGAGUGCGGAGAGCCAAAUGGCAUCUUGGGAUCAGAAGUCAAAGCCGACCCAAUGACAUCAUGGCUGAAGUUUGCAGAGCAAUGAAACAGCUGGACUAUGAGUGGAAGGUUGCAAACCCAUAUUAUUUGCGUGUCCGGAGAAAGAACCCAGUGACAGGAAUGUACACUAAAAUGAGUCUGCAGCUCUACCAAGUUGACAGCAGGACCUACCUCCUAGACUUCCGGAGCAUUGAUGAUGACAUCUCCGAGGCUAAAUCUGGAACAGCUACCCCUCAUCGGUCAGGAUCAAUUGGGAACAAUCAGAUGGCACUGAAGAAUGGAGCUGGUGACGCCCCGGUGAAAGGAGAAGAUGGGUCUUUAACAUCCUCUUUGACAUCGUCUGUUGACUCCUCAAGUGGUGACACUGCUCCAAGACCCGGGAGUCACACAAUAGAGUUCUUUGAAAUGUGUGCUAAUCUUAUUAAAAUACUUGCACGGUAACUUUUUUGGCAUUAGCCUACGAGUGUCUUUACAGCAAUAAGCAUGCAACAGAUUCAUGGCUUAAUGCUUCCGAUGUGGAUGUAGUUGUUGUUUUGUGGCACUGAAGCAGUUGGCCCCAGUAAAGCUGGGUCUAGCUUGGGGUGGGAAGGUUAUUUAACAGUAAAUGCUAAGCCACUUUAUAGUAAUAUAGAUAUUUUAAAUUCAUAUACCUAUUUCUUGCUCAAGAAUUGAAGUGUUAAACCCCCCAAAGAAGCUUGCUUUUUCUACCUUAUAUUGGCAACAAGGUGAAGUAUUUGCCUAUCCAGUGAUUUUAUUUAUUUACACAUAUAUACACAUGCAUACAUACAUACAUACAUACAUGCCAGAAUGUAUUCCAGUCGUAUGUUUUGGAUGACAUUGCUGUAAAAUGAACACUCUCCAGACAGCGUUGAAAGUGACAGUUUGAUCUUUAGUUGGUAUGCCAUUUUGUAACACUGCACCCAGUAGUUUUUAUAUAUAAUGCUUAUAUAGUUUGAAUCUGAAUACAUUCAUCAGAGCUUUAAAUAGGGAUCCAAAAUGCUUUUGAAAAUAUGGAUUAUAUAGUGUAUAUGGACUUUUUUUUGCAUUAUUUUUGCAUUUUGUAAUUUAUAUAGCUGGAUAUAACAUUUUAUCCUUGUACUGAACUGUGUUUGAAAAAAUCAUUAUACCCAAAUAUUGUAUUCUUUUUUUCUUAAUUUUAAUCCUACACAACUAUUUUUGAUAAAGAUGUUUUCCUUUUAAGGAAAAAAAUGAUAAUUUUGUUGGCUAAAUACAUAGUAAGAGAACUGGUUUCAUCACAGGCCAUGACAGUUAACUUCCAUUCCAAAUUGUUAUAUAAUAUCACUCAUCACGCUUUUUAUGUAAAUUAUUAGCAGCACAGAGAAAUAUGCUUGUCUAAAAAUUGUCAGUCUUCUCAGUUGACAAAAUCGAAUUUCAGCCUUCUGGUUUUUUGCCUGUUCUUGCUUUGCCCUUGUUUUUCUCCUUGUUUAAAAUUAAGCUUGAAUAUGAUUAUCCAUUUACUUGAUUUAUUUUUAAAGAGUUUUUAUUAUAAGGGUUGGGGUUUUUAAAGCAAACAGAUCCAUUAAAACUAUAUAUAGCCUUUUCUUUAUUUUUCCCAUGGCAAGGACAAGCUAAAUCCAGGUAGAUAUAAAUGAUGCAGAACUUUGCCUGGGUUCACUAUGCCUUUAACAUCUUCCUUUGCAAGCCCCAUGGUGGUUACUGAAGAGAUCUUUAAAGAACUGUGUGAGGAAUGCCAGUAAUUAUUCAAACUUUUGCUCAGCAAGUUAGUUGUUGCACAAUUUGAUCCUGUCCAGGAAAGUUAACUUAUGUGUGCACCCUAAUUCUGCUUUUAAACAUUCUGGGAGAAAACCAUUUUGACAAUUGAAGCCCUUUGUAUAUCUUUUGUUUGUGCUGCUAAAAUUGAGUUGUAUUUAGAGCUGCACAUGUAUUACUUGCUAGGAAGUUCUUUCAACUAUUUUAGGCUUGAAUUCAUGCCAGUAACAUUAUGAAUUAGGUCUGCGGUUCACCUGUCGUAUUCUUGAGCAUACGAUCAGAUGUGUAUUGGUUGAUAAUAGCAAAACAGCCAACAUUUUUGCAGUUAUUUUGGCUUUGGUCAUCAAUCCACAGAUGCCCAAUAAAAUGUUGUGAUUGGAAAAAACUUGAACCUAUGUCAAAAUGGACUGGCUCCCUAAAUCAUUUUAUAAGAACAACCUCAGCACUACUCUUUAUACUAACUAUUUUGGGCACGUCAUCUUUAUUUUAUUUUAAUUAUGUUUUGUGUUCACUAUUGUGUUUUUUAUUUUUUUGUUUUGUUUUUGUUUUUUAACCACUUGAUUGACAGAAAUAUAGAUGGAGUGAUACGAAUAGGUGACCAGUCUCAAAAUAAUCAUUAUUUGACACAUUGUUAAAUUACUUCAAUUGGGUUUUAAUGUAAAGAGACCCUACAUGGUUGACCAAUGUAAUUUUUACUUUAGGGCGUUUUAAAAUCAUAUGUGCAUAAAACUGCCUAAUAAAAACGAAAUUGCACCAAC